CUGGCUUUCCUCCUCCUCCCCCUUUUUUUUCAGUUCUUGAGAAGGCAGCAGGUUCUUCAGUUAUAUAGAAGAAUUCUGCAGGCUAUUCGUCGGGUACCUACUGAAGCUGAUCGGCACUAUCUAAAGGAGUGGGCAAGGGAAGAAUUCAAAAAAAAUAAAGAUGCUAUAGAUGAGGAUGCAAUUAGGAUGAUGAUUACUCAGGGCAACAUGCAGCUUCAAGAACUUGAGAGAACACUUCAGCUGGCAAACUCCUAACCUUGAUUCUGAGAGCCAAUGGACUUUCAUCCACUGUGGGAAGUACUGGACUUUCUCUAGAAUGCAGCACAUGGUCUUAUGCUAAGAUAUCGGUAAUGUUUCAAGGUAGAAUAUCAUACAGUACCAUUAUUUCCUUUCUCUUCUUAUCUUAUCCAGCAUAUUUGGCAGUUGUAGACAAAUUAUGCCGUAUUUGUUUAAAUACUCAAAAGUGCGACAUAGUACUUUCGAGGGACAAGCAGAAAGUGCUGAAUAACAGCAGCAUUGGCAACGAAAGAAAAUAAACUUAAACGAGA